GGGUCGAAUGAGCCCCUCCCGGACUUCAUUCAGAGAAUGCAGGACUAUACAGUCGCACUCACCCGUGUCAAGGAACAGCAAGAGGCUGCCGCAGCCGAAAGACUACGGCUAGCAGAGGAAGCUGCAGCACAAACCCGACGUCAAGCCGAGGCAGACCAGUUGGCGAUCGACCAGCUCAACGCCGACAGUGCUGAACUUGUAAGUGCUAAUCAAGCACAAUGGACAACGGUACUCAACGGGAUGCGUUAUGUCCCCGUACCCGGCAGCAAGCCAACGACAAUGCAACAGGAGAGGCAAGACCUGGCAGAUAUUGUACUCAAUACAAUGUGCGCCGUCAUUUGGAACAGUACCAUGGGGGAGCUGCAUUCCCAGUCCGCACGGCAGCUGCAGCACGAUCUAAACCACAACGUGAAGACGCUUGCAGCAGCUGUCAAGGUCGUGGACAACCAGCUGAAACAGUUGGAUGCACGCAUUGCUACCUUGGAGGCAAGGCCUCCCCAAGCAGUGCCAGGCUGCACGACAAACAUGACAGACAUGACGAAGCAGCUCAAUGGGCGCAUCGAUCAUGUCGUCAAUCUCAUCGGCGACAUAAGUGUUUUCAAUGGGCCGGACACGAUCAGUAGCACGGUGGCCGCCAUCAAAACGGACAUCACCAAGCUGCAAACGAGGCCAGACGCCGCUACCAAGAGUUUCAAGAUGCCGCAUUUCACCAUCAGCAAGUUCGACGACUACAACAAGACCGACGCUUUGACAUGGUGGCAAGGUUUCCUCGCGGAAGCAUCCUGCCGCACUGUCCCGACUGAAGACAUGUUGAAGGCGCUCUACCUACAACUGACUGGAGGAGCACAGGCAUGGAUGAAUCACCUGACGGCUACCAAGCAAUGCACUAUCGCCGAACUCCACACGCACAUUACGUGGAAGGAGUUCGAGCAACUAUGGAUCACCCGAUUCAUGGUCCGCAACGUCGUGAAGGCGGCCAUGAACGAGGUGUACACUUGCUCACAGGGAAAUAUGCCAACUGGAGACUGGACGAUUAAGUGGCAGAAGAUAGUUUUACAAACCAACGAUCCGAGUUCUUCUCGCGAUCAUGCGCAGGAUUGCGGUCGGCACUCGGCAACGAGUACGACUAUACCUCGUUCCAGGCUAUUCUGGACCGCGCAAACCUGGUCUUUCCAAACGGACGACAAGACCGCCAACGAGAAGCAGUCCCAACCGCACUAUGUGGCUAAGCCGACCUAUCAACGACCAGCACAUAACAAUGCUGUGAUUUUUGAAGAAACAGUCGAUCUCCACGCUGCAGCAGCAUCCUCGAGUGAUGGAGGAAUUGUAGCAGCGCUCCCGCCGAAGCGUCCCAAGAGAGUUCGGAAGAACAAGGCGACACAAGAGACGGCAUCGAUGGGAAUUGGGCAGCAGCCAUGGACGACAUACAAGACAACCAAGGAAGUAUUUGACUUACGUCAACGGUACGUCUACUUUGCGCCACUUGCGUGCGAGCCGAUGUCUUUUGACAUCCUCGACACCAAGUUCAACAUGAUUCUAGGCAUGUCUUCGUUGCGUAGCGCCGAUCAUCCGAUGAACUUUCAAGACCGAACCGUUCACAUCCGUGAUCGGAACGGAGUGUUAGUCCCAUGUACGGUCGCGACCCCUCACACUUCGAUUGCUUGUCACGUGGUUUCCGUUGCGAGAAUUCGCGACGCCAUUGCUCGAAAUGACGUCGAGGAGAUGGGCCUUGUAUUCUUGCAUGCUCUCCACUCGUCGGACGGACCAGCCGCGUCACCGCCGGACCCACGCAUUUCUCACCUCUUGGACGAGUAUAGAGACGUCUUCGAGGCUCCCACCGGAACGGUUCCGGACCGGCCCACGCGUCACGGGAUCACUCUCGAGGUUGGCGCCGUCCCUCCGCGUGGAUGUAUCUACCACAUGAGCGAAGAGGAACUCGAGGUGCUUUGCGCACAACUUGAUGACCUCCUCGACAAGGGCUGGAUUCGCCCUAGUUGUUCGCCCUACGGUGCCCCUGUUCUCUUCGUUCGGAAGAAGAACAAAGAUCUACGGUUAUGCAUCGAUUAUCGCAAACUUAACGCACAAACCGUAAAGAACGUCGGCCCUCUCCCUCGGAUUGAUGAUCUUCUUGAGCGGUUAGGCGGCGCGACGUACUUCUCGAAGUUGGACUUGAAGUCAUGUUACCACCAGAUUGAAAUCCAGCCUCAAGAUCGGUACAAGACCGCGUUCAAGACGCGGUACGGGCAUUUUGAGUGGGUUGUCAUGCCCUUUGGCCUCACCAAUGCCCCCGCAACUUUCCAAGCAGCGAUGACGACUGAGUUUCGCGACUUGCUCGAUCGCAGCGUCCUCAUCUACCUUGAUGACAUCUUGGUUUACAGUAGGACGUUGGACGAGCACAUCAUACACCUUCCCGUUGUUCUGGAUCGUUUGCGACUAGCCAAGUACAAAGCGAAUCUCGACAAGUGCGAGUUCGCCAAGCAGGACCUUGAGUACUUGGGUCAUUUUGUCACGCCGAAAGGCAUUCGUCCCUUAGCGGACAAGAUCCAAGCCAUCGUGGAUUGGCCGGAACCCCGUUGCACGACGGGUGUACGCUCUUUCAUGGGUUUGGCUGGAUAUUAUCAGCGAUUCGUCGAUUCAUACUCAAAAGUGGCCGCUCCUUUGUCGAGACUUCAGUCCCCGAAGGUGCCCUUCGAGUUCAACGACGCAGCCCGUGGCGCGUUCACUACGUUGAAGGCAGCGAUGCAAGCCGCACCUGCCCUCCGUAUAUAUGACCCCACCCUUCCCACCCAAGUGACUACGCACGCUUCGGGAUACGGUAUUGGUGCGGUGUUGGAACAAUGUCACGAAGACAGUUGGCACCCGAUCGAGUAUUUCUCCCAAAAGGUGCCUCUCGUCAACACUCUCGACGACGCUUGGAAGAAAGAGCUACUCGCGUUCGUCACCAUUCUCAAACGGUGGCGCCACUUUCUUCUCGGCCGUCGGCGUUUUAAAUGGAAUACGGACAACAAUCCGUUGACCUUUUACAAAACGCAGGAUACGGUCACUAGCACGAUCGGUCGACCCAGUUCGACUUUGACCCGUGCCACAUUCCCGGUCCCGCCAAUCGAGCUGCGGACGCCCUCUCACGGCGGCCCUGAUUUUUGUGCCAUUGUGACCACAACAUUCGACCUCGAUGACGAUCUGCAGCCGCAUUUCGUCAAAGGCUACAAGUCCGAUCCGACUUACUCGACGCUUUAUGCGGAGCUUUCAUCGGAUCACCCAUCGGCUAGCCACUAUCGGAUUUCCGACGGGUUCCUUCUCCUUCACACGAGAGGAAAGGACUUGUUAGUUGUKCCCCAAGAUCGCAUYUUACRGACUCGUCUUCUCGGCGAAUUCCACGACGCACGACUUUCGGCACACCUUGGCGUGAACCACACAUUAGCACGCCUCCGCCAGCGUUUUCACUGGCCCGACGUCCUUCAUGACGUCACGAGGUACAUUGAGUCAUGUGCAGUUUGACACCGUAACAAGGGUCGAUCUCGAGUCCACUUCGGCGAACUGAAACCGUUGCUCGGGCACCGCGCCUCUCCAUUGCUAAGGACGUGACAGGCCCGUUCCCCCGCGAUCGCCACGGCCAUGACGGUAUUCUCACGGUCGUUGACCGUUUGAGCAAGUAUGCUCGCUUCCUUCCUUGCAAGUAUCAUGCUGCAGCGCCUGAGCUCACACGACUCUUGCACACCGGUUGGAUUACCAACCAGGGUGUUCCGGAAGACAUAGUGAGCGACCGAGAUACUCGCUUCAUGUCGGUUUUUUGGACUUCCCUCAUGGCUGAGUCCGGUACGACAAUGAAGCCGAGCUCGGCUC